CUUCAGCACUAUCUGCUGAUGACAGAAGGAUUGGUUGGAUUCAGCCCUCUGCUGUCUCCUCAGGGCUCACUAGUCCUCUCGCUAACAGGGGGGAUUAAUGUUUUUACUUGCAUUUGAAUGUGUCCACCUUUGUCUUCCCCCUUUCUGCAUAACAAGUGAGUAAGGGUUAGUUUUAAGGGAGUUAACCUGGAUAUUACCGGUGCUGUUUUGCUUUUUUUUUGUCUUUUUUUUUCUCCUCGGAACAUUUGGAGAAGUUGGAGGUAGCUCCUUUAGAGCAGUGUUGGAUCAAGCAGGAACUCCAUCACUGACCUGAAGAGGGAGAAGACAGGAGGAUCUGGGAGAAAGAGGAGCGAAAAGGAAACAUGGGUGUGCAAAAGGAAGACGUAGAGAAGUUCCUCAAUGGGAACCCUGCAUUUGCUAAGCAGUACUUUGCAAAGAAGAUGAGCCCAGACACUGUAUCCAAGGCAACCGGACUACCUGAGAAACAAAUUGACUUCAGCCAGUUUCAGGAGCUCAGUCAGGUUGAAGAGAGCCAAAUUAUGUAUGACCUGAUCAAAGACAUGCAGGAAAACAUCAACAUGGAAAAAGUGGUCUUCAAAAUCCUGAAGAGAAUCGUUGCAUUGAUUCACGCUGACCGCUGCAGCUUGUUCAUGUACAGGCAAAGGAACGGCAUAGGGGAGCUGGCCACAAGGCUGUUUAAUGUCACCGUAGACUCAGAGCUGGAUGACUGUGUGGUGCCACCAGACUCUGAGAUCGUCUACCCUCUGGACAUGGGAAUAGUCGGCCACGUGGCACUGACCAAGAAGACUGUUAACGUCAAAAAUGUUGCAGAGAACCAGCACUUCAGCUCAUUUGUCGACGACCUGACUGGCUAUCAGACCCGCUGCAUUUUGGCUGCACCCAUCCUCAAUGGCAAAGACAUGGUGGCUGUAAUCAUGGCUCUGAACAAAACCACUGGACCACAUUUCACUCCUGAGGAUGAGGAUCUUUUUUUAAAGUAUCUGAAAAUUGCAACUUUGAACUUGAAGAUCUACCACCUGAGUUAUCUCCACAGCUGUGAGACACGUAAAGGAAUGUUGUUGCUGUGGUCCGCUAACAAGGUGUUUGAAGAGCUGACAGAUAUCGAGCGACAGUUUCACAAAGCCUUGUACACAGUCCGAGCCUACCUCAACUGUGACCGCUACUCUGUCGGUUUACUAGACAUGACAAAGGAGAAGGAAUUCUUUGACAUCUGGCCAGUGUUAAUGGGGGAGCAGGCUCCUUAUUCUGGCCCUGUAACCCCUGACGGAAGGGAGGUAAUUUUCUACAAAGUGAUUGAUUAUAUAUUACAUGGGAAAGAAGACAUCAAAGUUAUACCUAAUCCACCUGCGGAUCACUGGGCUUUGUGUAGCGGCCUUCCUACAUAUGUUGCCGAGACCGGUUUUAUUUGUAACAUCAUGAAUGCGGCUGCCGACGAGACAUUUCAGUUUCAGACUGAGCCCCUCGAUGCCAGUGGAUGGACCAUCAAAAACGUUCUCUCGCUGCCAAUUGUCAACAAAAAAGAAGAGAUAGUUGGAGUGGCCACUUUCUACAACAGAAAAGAUGGAAAGCCUUUUGAUGAUCAGGAUGAGCAGCUCAUGGAGGCUUUGACUCAGUUUUUGGGCUGGUCAGUCUUAAACACAGACACUUAUGAUAAGAUGAACAAGCUGGAGAACCGAAAAGACAUUGCUCAGGACAUGGUGCUCUACCAUGUCAAAUGUCGUGAUGAUGAGAUCCAGAAUAUUCUGAACACUAGAGACGUGUUUGGCUGUGAGCCCCGUGAGUGUGAGGAGGAAGAGCUUCUACAAAUCCUGAAAAAAGACUUGCCACCAUUGAUUAAGAAAUUUGAGAUCUAUGAGUUUCGCUUUUCGGAUUUUAACUGCACGGAGAUGGACCUGGUAAGGUGUGGGAUCCAGAUGUACUAUGAAGUUGGAGUGGUCAAGAAAUUUCAGGUCCCACAAGAGGUGCUGGUUCGUUUCAUGUACUCCGUCAGUAAGGGUUACAGAAGAAUCACAUACCACAACUGGCGUCAUGGUUUUAAUGUGGGACAGACCAUGUUCACGCUGUUAACGACGGGGAUGCUGAAGCGAUACUACACUGACUUGGAAGUGAUGGCCAUGAUAACUGCAGGCUUCCUCCAUGAUAUUGAUCACAGAGGCACCAACAAUUUGUACCAGGUCAAGUCAGGAAACCCUCUGGCCAAGUUACACGGCUCCUCCAUUUUGGAACGACAUCAUCUAGAGUUUGGAAAGUUCCUUUUGGCAGAUGAGACACUGAACAUCUACCAGAACCUUAACAGGCGGCAAUCAGAGCACGUGAUUCACCUCAUGGACAUCGCCAUCAUUGCCACUGACCUGGCUCUUUAUUUCAAGAAAAGAACCAUGUUUCAGAAGAUUGUGGACCUUUCACAUACAUAUGAGGAUGACAAGAAGUGGGUUGACUUCAUGUCUCUAGAAACAACAAGGAAAGAGAUCGUCAUGGCAAUGAUGAUGACUGCUUGUGACUUGUCGGCUAUCACAAAACCUUGGGAAGUACAGAGCAAGGUUGCUCUGUCUGUAGCAGCAGAGUUUUGGGAGCAGGGUGACCUGGAAAGGACAGUACUGGAGCAGCAACCCAUUCCCAUGAUGGACAGGAAUAAAGCAGCAGAACUUCCCAAGCUUCAGUGCGGUUUCAUUGACUUUGUGUGCACAUUUGUGUACAAGGAGUUCUCCCGUUUCCACCCACAAAUCACGCCCAUGUUAGAUGGCAUCUUGAACAACAGGAAGGAGUGGAAUGCUAAAAAAGAGGAAUAUGAGGCUAAACUAAAAGUUUUAGAGGAAGAAAAGGCAGCUAGAGAGGCGGCCCAAGCCAGUAAAGCCCCUGCACCAAAUUCCGGUGGAGGUUCAGGCUCCAAAACCUGCUCUGUGUGCUAAAAGGCCUAAAAGCUGUGCACAUGAUGGGAGAGCACGUGGACGGCACAUUGACUGACUUCAAAAGAACCUGAAAAAUUAAGUCCAGACCAAGGAAUAAAUAUGGAUGCAAUUAAGAAGACAGAUAAGUGUAAGCAGAACCCCUUAAAAAAAGGACAACCCCCGAACAGAGAAAGAAUCCUCACUAUUAAGGGCUAAAGAUGUGUCUAAGGGAGAUUAACCCAGUGAACAGAACAGAACAAACAUCCCUGAUGACGCUCCAUCUCUGUCUUAAUAUAUCAGGUUUCAUAUCUUGAGUUAAAUAAGAUGAGUUGUAUUAAGGCUUUGAGUAUGCGUGUGUGUAAAUGUAUGUAUGUGUGUUUGUUUGUUUUGAGUCAUCAUAUUUCCCAUAUGUACUGAUGGUGACAAAUGUUGAUAUUUGUCUGGUCUAGUAACUCUUACAGACAAAUUUAUGUGCAGACCCCCUUUACAGUAUAUGCUAUUAAAAUUAAACACGCAUCUGUAUCCAAAAAAGAAUAGUGCAGAAAAGUUUUAAAUGUUUUUCAAUAUAAUUAACAAGUAACUGUUGGUUUAAGGUAGACUAUACAGUAUCUUAAAUGCCUGCAACGUUAAUUGAAGGGUCAGUCCAUAAAAUAGAUGAUGUCUAUAUUAAAUGAUUGUAUCUCUAAGCUUCUGAACUGGUGUACAAAUGAAUUUCAUGUUCACUCCUUCCAGUCAAUUAAUAUUUACAAUUGAGAGUUUGUUUACUUUUACAGCAGAGAGCCAAACAUAGAAAAUGACCAGAUAAGCUCAGGACUUCUACAGUAAAAGAUGCAUAUUUGUAUUUAACACUGAUUGAUACAAUUAUUCAUGCUAUAGGAACCUAAAUUUACAGCCUGUAGCUGCUUACUCAUGAUGCCUUUCCUGUACAUAUGUCUGAGAGAAUAGCUAAGACUGUGAUAUUGAAAAUGCAGUUACAAAUGUCUUGUUUAAUAAGAGCAGGUUGAAACUUAAGAACGCGCGGAACUGAACUGGUCUCAGAUUUGACUGAUUCCUUCGAGUCACACUGUUUUGGACCAAUAACAGUUCAUGUAGUUAUCUUUCCUAUAAACUCAUUAAUCAAACAUUAACAGUGAUCGCACUUUAUUGAAGUGUGACAUAAACUGGAGCAGUUAAACCUCUCCAAGUGCAGACAAAAGUGACAUCUUUUUCAUCGCUGUUGGCAAUUUCUUCCUCUGCUAUGGACAUUUCCUUAAAUGUGAGCAGAGUUCAGCCUUUUGUGCACAGUGGCGUAUCCAGAAAACAUUGGGGGGGUGUGCUAUAAAUACAUACAUAUGGGAUAACCUUCUCUGAAUUGUCAUAUUCCUGCUCAGCAGGACUGCUUGCUUUGUUUACAGAACAUACUGUGCAUUACGGUCACAUUUCACAACACAAUAUACACUUUAAUCCUAAUUAAUCCUGAGACUUAGAUGGAAACGUCACGUCCAAAAAAAUACCAAGACAAUCAGACAGCAACUAAGUUGGCCCAUUGGGCAACUGGGAUUUAGUUCUGUAGGUGACGCCUUGGACUACAAUGUGGAAGACUGGGGUUCAGUUCCCGGUCAAAGCAGAAGUUUUUUUUCUGCAGAUUUUCAAAUGGGGGGGCGCAGCGCGGCGCCAAGGGCGCCAAUAGGUAAAUCUGCCAUUGGCGCAUCAUCAGGACAACCAACACAGCAAUUUAAGUUUUAUUUUAAGGCUAGACGUUUCUUAACAUCCAGCAAAACUGUGUUUUGCCCUGAAAGAAAACAAAGCAAAUACAUGCAAAUGUGGAGAACCAGAACUGCCUCAACGUGAGAUAGCAGUGACUAAGUCUAGUCCAUCUUUCCACCUGCAGUAACAAUUCCUGCAGAUAAAAACUGAAGGCUCCGAGGGAACAAAGCUGUUUGAAACAGCGCAAAGGAGCAACUUAGCUUCUGACGUGUACAUAUUUCCCUUCCUGUAAAUAUAAAGAUAUUUUUGUAGAUGAAAUAUAGAUGCUUAUUUUUUCAGUCAGGUUAGUGACAUUUGAAUGAACUUGCAAGAGUCACCACGUAAUUUCUCCUUUCUCUUAUUGUUUGGUUGUAAUGUGCUUGCCUCAGUUUACUGAUGUACAGGUAUCUCACAUAUCGAACGAAAUCAUGGGUGUACCAGGAACGAGCAUGUAAUUUUAGAAAAUAAAUGUAUUUUAAUAUGCUGUGGAUAUAUCCCAGACAUGGCUUACAUUUUAUUUCUGCUCAGUAUUUUUCGAGAUUCAUGUGCUCCUUGUGUAUAAAGAUGAUCCAAAUAAAGCAAAUGUAUUUUUAUGAGGUAA